ACUGGGGCCUGUUGGAAGUACAAAGCACAGCCCCUGCACACUCUGCCCCUGAGAACUCCAUGCAGGUGCCACAGGAUGGAGAGGACUUUGCUGGCCAACCCUGGUACCACGGCCCACUGUCCCGCCAGAAGGCUGAGGCCCUCCUCCAGCAAGAUGGUGACUUCUUAGUUCGUGCAUCUAAGUCCCGUGGGGGCCACCCUGUGAUCUCCUGCCGUUGGCGGGGCUCAGUCCUACACUUCGAGGUGUUCCGUGUGGCCCUGCGCCCCCGGCCAGGCCGGCCCACAGCCCUCUUUCAGCUGGAGGAUGAGCGUUUCCCAAGCCUGCCUGCCCUGGUUCACAGCUAUGUGACCGGCCAGCGUACACUGUCCCAGGCCACGGGAGCUGUGGCAUCCAGGCCAGUGACGCGGCAAGGACCUAUUCGACGCAGCUUUAGUGAAGACACCCUUCCAGACGGCCCGGCUUGGACAGAGCCACUCAGGGCUAGGAAGCGGAGUGACAGUCAGCCUGCAGGCUUGGAGCAUAUGGGGCAGCCAACAGAAGACCGCCCUGGUUCAGGAGCUUCCACUAUGCCUGAAUCUGCCCUGCCUCGGACAGGUAGUGACUCCAUGUUACUAAAGGUGCCCGUUCCCCUGGGGUCCAUUGCUGACAGCCUCAGGGCCUCUGAUGGGCAGCUUCAUGCCAAAGCACCAACCAAGCCACCUCGAACAUCCUUACUGAUGCUGCCUGAUGCCUCUGGACGCCCCCCAACGUACUGUGAGCUGGUGCCCCGAGUGCCCAGGGUCCAGGGAACACCUGCUGGCCACAGCUGCCCAGAGCCAGAGGCACCAUGGUGGGAGGCUGAGGAGGAGGAAGACAGAUGUUUUGCAAGACCGCAGGCAGAGGUCUCUUUCUGCCCACCUGACAACCCCUUCUGCCUGCUGGGCUCCCAGAAUCGGCCUCUGGAAACCGAAGUCCUGCAUACUCUCCAUGGCCUGUUCCUGGAGCACCAUCCUGGGAGCACCGCUCUCCACCUGCUAUUGGUGGAUUGCCAGGCGACUGGUCUCCUGGGAGUGACCAAGGCUCAGCGGGGCGCCAUGGGGGUCGCCUCUGGUCUGGAGCUGCUCACACUUCCCCAUGGGCAUCGCUUGAGGUUGGAACUGCUGGAGAGGCUCGAGACGCUGGCACUGGCGGGGGCGCUGGCGGUGCUGGGCUGCGCGGGGCCGCUGGAGGAGCGCGCGGCCGCCCUGAGGGGCCUGGUGGAGCUGGCCCUGGCGCUGCGGCCAGGGGCGGCGGGAGACCUGCCCGGACUGGCCGCGGUCAUGGGCGCCUUGCUCAUGCCCCAGGUGUCGCGGUUGGAACGCACGUGGCGCCAGCUGCGAAGGAGCCACACCGAGGCUGCGCUGGCCUUCGAGCAGGAGCUGAAGCCACUGAUGCGGGCGCUGGAUGAGGGCGCCGGACCCUGCGACCCGGCGGAGGUGGCGCUGCCGUACGUGGCGCCCGCGGUGCGCCUGCUGGAGGGCGAGGAACUCCCCGGGCCCUUGGACGAGAGCUGCGAGCGGCUGCUGCGCAUCCUGCACCGGGCGCGUCUGCUGGCCCGGGACGCGCCCAGAUUCCGCGAGGCGGCGGCUCGGCGCCUGCGAGGAUUCCGGCCCCACCCGGAGCUGAGAGAGGCCCUGACCACUGGUUUCUUGAGGAGGCUGCUCUGGGGGAGCCGAGGAGCUGGGGCGCCGUGGGCCACACGUCUUGAGAAGUUCCAGCGCGUCCUCAGCGUCCUGUCGCAGCACCUGGAGCCUGACCAUUGAGAGCACAGACCCCCCCCCCUCUUCACGCUGGGAUACCAAGGCUUCCAUGGAGACCAAGGAAGCCGGCCCAAGCUUCCUCACACAGCCAAAUGCAGUGGGGACCUGCACCCUGCCUCACAGGAGGGGACCUGGUUUGCAAGAACCCACCCUGUGCCCUAAA